AUGUUAGUUACGCUCUACCAUAUACAUGACGAGGCACAGAGGUCCCAACAGCCACCGCUCGCGGAAGCCUCGGUGCGGGAGCCGUCGUCGUCGUCAUCGGCCGCCCCCACGCCCUUGGCAGCAGCGCUCCCGCGGCCGCGGGUCACAUUCGCGGACCUGCCGGCGGAGCUGCGCGACAUGAUCUGGGAGGCGGCGCUGCCGGAAGAGCCGCGGGUGUUCAACGCACUGGUGUACGCGUCGGCGGGGCUCCGGAUGCAGCUGCUGGAGCGCGGGGCGCUGCGGCUGCCGCUAGCGCACGUCUGCGCCGAGUCGCGCCGCGCCGUGCGCCGCGCCGGCUACGUGCUCGCGUUCCGCGACGAGGACCGCCCCGCCGACCCCGGCGUCUGGUUCCACCCCCGCCGCGACCUCAUCGAGCGCACCAUCUGGGGGCCCGGCGACUUCUGGGGGCUUAAGAUGCCUGACUGA